AUGGAUAUAGAUUCGCGUGGUCGAUUGUGGAUAUUAGAUGUGCCUAAAUCAAAUGAAGUUAUUCCUAAAAUUUUAGUGUACAAUACUUUAACAUAUACCGAACUAUUAAGCUGUGAUUUAAAAAAUGUUUUGAAGGAUAAUUUGAAUACAAUUAUCAUUGAUCCCGUAGUCAAUGCAUUUACAGGAUCUAGGGCGUAUAUUGGUUAUUCUAAUGAAAAUGAAAUUUUGGUUUAUUCAUUAAAAGAGCAUCGUUACUGGAGAUUAAAAUUUGAAAAUGAAAAUAGCCCAUUGAAUAUUUUUGCUAGUUAUUUUGCGGUUUCAAAAAGGGAACCAAUAUUGUAUUUGAGUGGAAAAUCCGAUGAGCGACUAUUUAGUGUUAAUUUGAAUAUUUUAAGAAAAUUGAAUGGACCUCCUGCAAUCAUAGAACCUGCUUUUAUCAAUGUGACCUAUUUAGGAAAUAAGUUAGGCCCUUCUUCAGGAUUAAUAUCCGAUUUCAAAGGAAAUAUUUAUUAUUAUUUAAUCAGAGAUUAUGCUGUAGUUCGAUGGAAUGCAAAGAAAUCAUUACAAGCAGAAAAUCAUAAAAUACUUAUGCAAUCCGCAGAAAAAUUACCAUUUGUAACUCAAUUUUUUGCUGGACCUCAAUACAGUAUUUGGGCUGUUACAAAUAAUAACACUUUUAUUAACGUAACUACCACAAAUGAGUUUAAUUUAUUUGAGAAAAUUAUUAAAAUUGGUACAGGAUUUUAA